AUGCUCUUCCUCGUCGGCAAUACCACCACAGGAGCCUUCAACGUUUUCAGCACCUUGAUCGUCGACAUCAACUUGCAUCAACCGGGAACGGCGUCCGCGGCCAACAACCUUGCGAGAUGUGGUAUGGGAGCUGCCUUUACCGCUUUUGCACAGCCUUUAGUAGGAGCCAUCGGAAUUGGGUGGGCGAGCACGGCAGUUGCGUUUUUGUGGGUUCUGACAUCGCCUUGUUUGUGGGCGGUCAUGGUUUGGGGUCCUAAGUGGCGUGCUGCGAAGAAACUGAAGUUGGAGCAGAAAGAGGUGAAGAAGUAA